AUGCCCACGGAAUCCACGCCUGGACUGCUGGCAUGGCUCCGGAGGGAAUUUAAAUUCAUCUUCGGGCGGGUGGGCGAUCCCCUGCAGGCAGAGUGUCACGGCGGCACAAACCAGGACAAAGACCACCCUGCGACCUUGUUCGAUUUCUUCAACGCAAGAGGCAGAGCAGGCGACAACAAGGCCAACAAACUGACCAACGACAUUGAACGGACCCUGCGGCGCGCCGUCGAAAACCAAAACUGGCGCAACUGUCCUCUGAAAUUCCAGCAAGUCGCCAAGCUCACACACGAUCAUUACUACGAGGCCGUCCUGAUCGCCAUCCUCAACUGCAUCGCCGUCACGGACAAAUGGAUCGUCGUGUUCAAACACCUGCAGCUCAUUGAAUACUCGCUGCGCACCGGCUCGCGCAGGCACUUCUACUACACCAGAUCCCGCAUCAAUCGCAUCAGGCAGGUCGUCAUCAAGCACCCAUGCAGGGCCGGAUGGAGCGAUGCCAGCAAGCAGAGGAUCGAGACACAGAUGCGCCACGUCGUGCGCCUGGUGACCGAGUACCGCUACACCGCAGCUCAAUCUGAGCCACGGCGGGUUUGGGAGCCCAGGACCACAGAUGCUCCCAUCCAGGACGCCAUCGAGCGUGUCGAUCUGGUCGGUAGUGUGGCCACGACCAGUAACACCAAUGCUCACACUGCUAUUGAGCCUCUUCCCCGUAAUUCGACCCGGACUGGUUCCCCUGCCGCCGCUGUCCACCCUGCUACCAACGGCACAUCUCCUCCUGGCCGUGCUCCUACAAGACGUAUCACAGCCACCAGUCGUCCUUCCAUAAAUCAAGGCCAGCAACAAGACCCUCGCUCGGCCCAUGCUUCUGUUCCCGCUUCUGCCGACCUGGGUAUUUCGCCCUCCACCUCCGUAAGGACCACCUCUACUGCUGCGGCAUCGCGUCGAUCGCGGCCAUCCAACACACUUUCCAGCGCUCGGGAUUCAGUCGCCUGGCUCGCAUCUGUGCGUGGAAUAGAGAUUAGUCCCACCGAGUACCGUAAUUACGGCCACAAUCCCCCUUCCUCGGCCGACUCUUCAUCUUCAACGCACCGUUCAUCGACCCAGGCCUCCUCUAUAUCCGCAAAUUCGGCAAGGGAGGUAAACCCCGGGCUGCGUUCCAUUGAGGCUGUCGCCGGACUCCCGGAUCGGAUUGGAUCGGAUCUGCACCCGAUCAAAGCGGUCUGA